GUCGUUGUCGCGGUGUCAUUUGUCCGAAUGUAGAGCGUCCCGCAGCUGUAGCGCUCCUACUUCCCCAAGCUGUGUACAGUGCGCAUGCGCCGCUGCUGCUCAGUGCUGGCAGAGACGGGAGGGGAAGAUACAGCCGGAGAGAGAGAGAGACAGCCGGGGACUGACUCAGAGAGACAGCGGAGGUUGUGAGAGGGACACGGGCAGAGACUGGCACAGGGAGACAGAGAUAAUAACCAGAGACAGAUACUGUCACACAGAGGGGAAGUGCCAGGGGGUGACAGUGACACAUGGGCAGGGCCAGCUCUGCUGCAGAUCACAUCUGGGCACAUGUCUGCAGCACCAUCCGCCGGGACAGCACAGAGGACUAUGAAGCUAACGGAAGAUGAGUGCACACUGUGUGAAGCGCAGCUCCACUCCAGAUGAGUGGGCAUGCCUUGAAGAGGAUCUGUUCUGAGGUCUUGUUUACACUGGAUAAGGGGAUCUUGGUUGCUAAGAGCAUUGGAUUUCUACUGAUGGCUAUAUCACAUGGAUACAAGGCUUGUGUGGUCUGAAGGAUUGUGAGUCUGUACUCCGAGAGGCAUCAAUGCCCUAGGAUGCUGGGCUUGCACUCUGUAUACCUGUAGGUGAGCCAUUCACUGAGUGGUAGCGCACACUCACAAAAGACAACACGGGAGCACAGUGAGUGUUUGGCUCCAACCUAUCAUGGAGCCCUGGAGACAGUGUGCCCUAUGGCUCAUCCGAUGUAAGGUCCUUCCUCAUAACCACCGUGUCACCUGGGACACAGCACAGGUGUUUGACCUGGCACAGACCCUCCGAGAUGGGGUACUUCUUUGCCAGCUGCUUAAAAACCUGAAGCCAGCAUCUAUCAACUUCAAAGACAUCAACCUGCGGCCACAGAUGUCUCAGUUUCUCUGCCUGAAGAAUAUUAGGAUGUUUCUCUCCAUCUGCUGCGAAACUUUCGGUCUGAGAAAAAGUGAUUUAUUUGAAGCCUUUGACUUAUUUGAUGUUCGGGACUUUGCAAAGGUGAUCGAAACAUUAGCCAAGCUUUCCCAUACGCCCAUUGCUCUGUCACUCGGAAUAAGACCAUUCCCCACAGAGGAGAGUGUUCAGGAUGAGGAUGUCUACAAAUCACUUCCAGAUCUGAUUGAUGAGUCGGGUGUGGAGGAAGAUGAAGAGUUGUACUAUGACUGUGUGUACCAUGAGGAUGAAGGUGGAGAGGUGUACGAGGACUUAAUGAAGGCAGAAACCCUCACGGCUCCCAAUCAGAGAACUACUGAGAGCGAUAUCCGGACCUGCUGUCUCAUGGAAAUAAAGCAAACUGAAGAGAAGUACACCGAGACGCUGGAAUCCAUUGAGAAGUUCUUCAUAGAGCCACUGAAAAAGUUUGUGUCCGAGACGGAUCCUCAGAAAGUCUAUAUUAACAAUCUGCAGAAAGUGUUUAUUAUAAUCAUUGAUUUGGUAAAAGUCCACAGGAGUCUGAUGUUGGAAAUUAAUGAUUCCAUCAUGCACAGGAACAGCCAGAACCUUUACCAGGUCUUCCUCACAUACAAGGAGAGGCUACUUAUCUAUGGGGUUUACUGCAGUGAGGUUGAGUCAGCGAUAUCAACAUUAGAUAAUGUUUCCAAGAGUAGAGAGGACAUCAGACUAAAACUAGAGGAAUGUUCUAAACGAGCAAACAACGGGAAGUUCACACUGCGAGACCUCUUAGUUGUUCCAAUGCAGAGGGUCCUGAAAUAUCACUUACUGCUUCAGGAGCUGGUCAAACACACGACCGAUGACACCGAGAAGAGGAACUUGCGCCAAGCUCUGGACGCCAUGAAGGAUUUAGCGCAGUAUGUCAAUGAGGUGAAACGAGACCAAGAAACGCUGCGGGAAAUUGAUCAGUUUCAGCUGUGCAUCGAGAACUUGAAUCAGAACCUGGCACUGUAUGGGCGGCCCAAGAUAGAUGGAGAGGUUAAACUGUGUACGCUGGACAAACGGACGCGGCAGGACAGGUACAUAUUCCUGUUUGAUCAGGCAGUCAUCGUGUGUAAGAGGAGAGGGGAUGUCUACGACAUGAAAGAGGUGAUAGAUCUUCAGAAAUACAAAAUAACCAACAACCCGACCACAGACAAGGACAACAAAAAGUGGUCGCACGGUUUCUACCUCACUCACAUACAAGGCCAGAACGCCUUUGAAUUUUACUGCAAAACGAAGGACUUAAAGAAGAAGCUUCUGGAGCAGUUUGAAAUGGCCCUAUCCAACAUUCGGCCAGAAAAUGCAACAGCUAAUUCUCAUGAGUUCAAAAUGCACACGUUCACCACGGUCACAUCCUGCUGUGUGUGUCAGAUGCUUCUCAGAGGGACCUUCUACCAGGGCUAUCUGUGCUCGCGCUGUGGAACUGGAGCCCACAAGGAGUGUCUGGGCCGAGUGGAGACCUGCGGCCGGGGAGAUUCCGGGAACUUGAAGAAUGAGAAACGUAAUGGCGUUCGGAAGAUGUCCCGGCACUUAGAUUCAGGUUUACCAAAAAUGCAGGUAAUUAGGAAUUACAGUGGGUUCCCUCCACCCCCAGCAGGUGACGGCCCAGCGCUGGAUAUUCAUAUAGGAGACACAAUCGAGUUAAUGCGAGCAGAUGCACGUAGUUUAUACUGGCAGGGUAGAAAUGUAGUCACGUCAGAAAUCGGCUUUUUCCCAUGUGACUUUGUGAAACCUUCUCCAUGUGUGCCAAAGCCAGUGGAUUAUUCCGGCCAGCCCUGGUACUCAGGCGCAAUGGAACGAUUGCAAGCGGAAGACGAACUUAUGAACAGGGAAAACAGUACCUACCUCAUCCGGCACAGGACUAAGGAAAGUGGGGAGUACGCAAUCAGUAUCAAGUAUAACAACGAGGUGAAGCACAUCAAGAUCUUAACGAGAGACGGCUUUUUUUACAUUGCGGAAAAUAGGAAAUUUAAAAGUUUAUUGGAACUUGUUGAAUAUUACAAGCACCAGUCUCUACGAGAAGGAUUCAGAUGUCUGGAUACAACACUGCUCCUCCCUUACAAAGCCCCUGAAAACCAGGCUGCGCUAUUGAGCCACCGCUCCUCCAGGGGCACCACGUCUGUGCUUUGUGGGUUUGCUUUUGUCACUGCUCCUGAGUACAGCUUUGUGCCCCCCUCAGAUGCUCCGUUCUGGUCAGUGCUUAGCCCGAAGGUUCUCGGAAUCGCCAUUGCACGAUACGACUUCUGUGCUCGGGAUAUGAGGGAACUAUCACUUAUCAAAGGGGACCUGGUUAAAAUCUUCUCUAAAGGUGGCACUAACGGCUGGUGGAGAGGAGAAUCUAACGGGAAGGUGGGCUGGUUUCCUUCCACAUAUGUAGAAGAGGAUGACUGAUGUAUAAAAGCACUGAGUACCACAUGAUGCCUUCUCCACUCUCCAAGACGCUCUGUGUCCAAUAAGGUUUUGAAUGUGGCCCCGAGAAUGGUUAUCAGGAAACAGCCACUGGAUUUUAGAUGAAGUAGAAAAUAGAGAGGUCCAGAAAUCCAUCCAUGGAAGUGAACAAGUCUUCAGAGAGCUUCAGAUAUUUUAUAUUAAACUAGAGAUAAAUGUUAUGAGCCAAGCUCAGUGUGUAACUCGGAGAAUUACAUUUUGUUUUAAGGUCUAUAUCCCACGUCCAGUAGUAAUGAUGAGAGUUCAGCUUGACGUCUGUUAGUGUCGCUAAAGCAAACACAGCAGGAAGCCAGGUUGAUGGUGAACUGGGACCUCUUUUUUUCUCUAGAAGAAACUCUCAUGUUCACCUGUACAAAUAAGCCAGUAAGUAGAUCCUUUAUCAAGAAGACUUUCCCAAUUUACAUGAAAACCAUAUUAACCCAGGACCAGACCUGACUGAUCCCUGCAACAUAUCAAAACCCCUUGUUCCUCCAGAAUGGGACCCAUAUGACAUCUCCAAAGACAAAAUCUGGAUAACUUCUCUUUAGUAACAGAACAACAUAUCCCUUCUAGACCCAGAAACCCUAGAAAUACCUGAUUGGCCUGAACUCCUUGUCCUUCAAAGAUGCACAUUUAUAUACCCCGCUACUAGACCUGUUUGCUUUAACCCUUCCCAUAUCAGAACACUUUGUCUUCUCAGGAUGAGAUCUACCUGCCCCCUUCAGGACCAGACCCUAUUAGAACUUACUUGUCUCCUUAGGUAGAGACUGAAUAGUAGGUGAUCUGAUUGAGCCCCCCUUUUCCCAAGGCUUCUUAUAUAUUUAGACGAUACAUUUAUGGUCUUGCUAUGUUUAGUCUAUGGUUACAAGACUUUAUCAUUUACAUUUAUUGCCAACAUUUUUAUCAAUUAUUUUGCCAACUUUCACAAAAAAUGCCUGCUCUCUUCAUUGGCACAGUUUUAAACGGAUUCAGGUUUGCACAAUAAUUCAGCAUGAUUUCAGUUGUCUCCCUUACUCAGAUAUUAACACUCACAAAACAUGCAGACAGAAUUUAGACCAUCAUUUUUGUUUUGAGUUUUCACUGAAUGUAUAGUAGAAUGUUACAAUUCAUUUCCUACUCAUCUAUUUCCAAAAACAACCUUCUCCAAAAGCAGAAAGCGUCUCUGCUAUGCAAUAUUGAAAUAUUUUAAGACAUUUAAACCACAACUGAUGAGUAUUCGAAUAACAUGGAUAUGGGAAAGUCUGGAGCAAAUGUGUUGAAAUUUAUCAAAGUUGUAAACUUGGAAAUGGAGACAAAAUGAUCUGCAAACGGCCAGUUUAGAUAAUUUACAUCCAGCUUGUUCUGCAAAUAGAGGGUAUCGGGUAUACUCCUCACGUAUAUAAGGACAGUGUGUAUUAGUGUGUAUAUAUAUAUAUGUGUAGCUGUGAGAAUGCUGCUGUACAGUUUACACUAUCAGAUCAGUAUUAUGUUAGCAGCAUUAUGCAGUUAUUUCAUUCUACGGGAGAGCAGCCAGCAGUUCAUCAUCAUCAUAUUUGUGCUUCAUGCUUCUUUAGCAGUUUAGGGGUUAAUAAGUGCCAUAUUGCCUACAUGGUGCCUCACACUAAUUACACCCCAAGCCUGUCUGGAGUGUGAUUACGCACUGCUUGGUAUCUGCUCGUCAGUGUAACAAUUUAACUUAAUGGCAUUACUGGACCAUGUGUUGUAUUUUCUUUUCCAAUAAAUCUCAUUCCAGAAAUGUGUGUAAAAAGCCUCUUCUAUACUAAAAUGGAGCAUGUUUCUCAUAAUAUUCCUUCACCACGGUGUAAGGAUUCUCAAGUACAUCAUUUACUGUGUGUCUUUAUUAGCAUGAAGCUCCUUCCGUCUCCUGUCCUGAGCCGCACACUGUGAAUCUCCCUCUCUGCUGUGAUACCAAAGAACCGUUCCAUGGUCUGUCACUGCGUGUUAAUGACCUUGUAAAUAUGUCAAUAAAAUUAUUGCAGAUAACUUUUUA